AUGGUCAUUGGGCGAGUUUCCAUCCGCUCCAUUUACACAUGUGUGUCUGGUCUCGGCAAUAUGGAGCCUCAAUAUGCGGGGACGAGACACAAUGUUGGGUUGAAGAUCGUGCAGAUGUUGGGAGAUCAGUUGAGCGCCGGUGCGAAGCCGUUUGUUCGCUCCCGCGCUGCUCCAAAGGUUGAGUAUUUAAGCAUUCCAUCUUUGAGUUUAGUCUUACUUCUCAGUAACGGUGGGUAUAUGAACGAGAGUGGGAAAACGUUACAGUCUGUCUGGCGGAAACUAAAUCGACGACUUGGUGGUCAAAAAGUGCGACAUAUUGUUGUUCACGAUGAACUCGCGCUCUCGUUGGGAAAGCUCCAGUUACGGGAACCUGGGAGGAGUGUUCGAGGUCAUAAUGGUUUGAAGGAUAUUGAGAGAUGCUGCGGCACGAAUUUUUAUCGGUUGGCUAUCGGCAUAGGUAGACCGGAAUCAAGGGACCCUGCCGAUGUUGCAGAUUAUGUUUUAGGCAGGUUGUCCCCCGAGGAAAACUCAAAAUUAAAAGAACUAGUCCUACCUCGUGUAUGGCCUCUGAUUUCCAAGCAGUGA